GCACAUCACGAAGAUAACAUGCAGCUCAAACAUCUCCUCCCAACCAUCCUUCUUGGCAUCGCUGCCGUGUGCUCUGCCGAUGUGACGCCCAGGCAUCGCCUCAGGCCUGUUGCAGGGAACCUUACUACGCCCGAUGGAUCCAUUCUGUCGUACCGCCUGUAUAAUCAUAGCAAGGCCGCUGGGACACCCAUUGUUCUUGUAUCCGGGCUCGACCAACUCCAGGACGACUGGCAACACAUCAUGCCCCAUUUUGCAAGGAAGCACCCAGGUAUUGGCCAGUCCUCCGUCACCAACUACUCUCUGGUCACCCUGAAUAACAUGGCCGAUGACAUCCACCAACUGACUCAGAAACUCGGAUGGAAGAAUAUCAACCUCGUCGGCAUCUCUAUGGGCAGUGUCAUCUCAGAGACCUUCAUGGCCAGCAAUGUGUCCGAUGUCAACGUCGAGCAUUUGGUCCUGAUUGCAGCCGGGUACCACAACUCUUCGAGCGGUCAGCUGCACACAGAUGUCCCCCGCUGGUUGAGCGAGAUCCAUUUGCCACCCAAUGCCUCGGACUGGCAGGCCUUCCAGCACAAAUUGUGGUUGACAUGUCUGACCCCAGAAUUCAUCAAGAACCAUCCUGAGAGGGUCAAAGUCUUCUUGAAGGAGAUCGAUGCCGGUCAAAACCGAAACUUCGCAGCCUUCAUAGCUCAAUCCAAUGCCCUUGCUUAUCACAACUUGACAGAAAGCUUGACAAAGAUCACUACGCCGACUCUGAUCCUUCAUGGUACGAAGGAUGUGGCCUUCUUGGUCGAGAACGGUCGUGAGAUCCAUGCCUUGAUCCCUGGAUCCAAAUACAUCGAGUAUCCUAGUGGCGGCCAUAUCCUUUUCGAGACCAAUCCCGAGAUUGUGCCAGCGAUUCUUAAUUUCUUGAAGAGCAAAUAAGGGCAGAGUUUAAUUCACAUGCUGAGCACGCGCGUUGCUGAAGGCUACAUUAUUAAAAUAUGAAG